AUGGAUUCCCAGCCCCCACAAACGGAACCCCAAAGAAUGGGACCUCUGUCGUGCAGAAUCUGCGGUUGCGAUCUUCUAGACAGAAAUGCCUUCAAUGAGCACCACAGGGAUCCCUGGCACCUGUACAAUAUGCGUCGCCGGAACCAGCAACUCCCCUGUGUCUCAAGAUCAGAAUUUGAACGUAAGAUCGAGCUGCUGCGUCUGGCGCGGCAGUACGUACGUGGAGAUGGACCCCAGGGGAAUCCCCAGCAAGGGGAACCCGACACUCGGGAGUCACCAGUUACUAGAAGUGCUGCUGCUUUCGAGGAUGCAGUUCGUUGCAACAGAAAAGGGACAGACCACCGAAAGAAGCAGCAUUCGCACCAGGAGGACGGGGAGAAGACGUUCACAGCAACCACCGACGAGCGGAGUGCAGCAGCGAAAGCAGCAGCUGCUGCUUGGCGCACUGCGCUGCAGCAUUAUCCUGAAAGAUGCAAUCUUUUCGAGCAGAUGCUUCCCUUCACCUCCACCGCAGCGAACCUUGAGUAUAUGAAAGAAGCUUACGGGUUCUUCAUCCCUGAUGAGGAUUACUGCACGAAUUAUGCGGGUUUGCUGCGGUGCCUGUGGCGGCGGCAGCAGCAGCAGCCGAGCUGUCUUUACUGCUGCAAACGCUUCAGGGGAAUCCGUGCCGCACUGCAGCAUAUGCAGCAGCAACGGCAUUUCCAACUCAAGUGGGACGAGGAGCAGCAGGAGCUACUGCAGGGGUUCUACGAUUACCGGAAGUCGUACUAUGAGUUGCUUGAGCGUCUCCCCGGCCAAGAAUCCUAUCAGCUGCCAGCCCCUGAGGAAUUCAGCGAGGUGGAAACCAACCAGGGGGUAACGUCAGAACAUUCAGAGGUGAACGAGGAGGACUGGGAAUAUUGCAGCAGUGAGGAUGAAAGCGCUGCUUUGGAGCAGCAGAAGUUGGAGUCGCUCCUACAGACCAGAGGAUGGCGGCGUGCCCGGGUGACGGAUGAAGGGCAUUUGCAGCUUCCCAAUGGCCAAGAGGUGCUACACCGCUCUCAUGCAGUUUUCUGUCGGCAGCGCAUCCGCAAUGUAACGCCUCAGCUUGCCGAACAAUGCGUCAUCAGGGACAUGAGAGGGCUGCUGUUGCCACCCGUGCCCGUAUUAGUGAAAUCGGCCCUUGCGCUCUACAAGCACUACAAGCUCCUGGCAUCCCCGGGAAUGGCAGGAGGCGAGCUACAUGUGCGGCAACACCAACGUCUGCUCUUGCCGCCUCCACAACGCCGCUUGGCGGCCCAACGUGAGACGGAGCAGCAGAGGAAACUGCAUCACCAGCGUAUGAAGCUCGGCAUAAAAGCUAAUAUUCUGCAGAAGACCAUCUUGAGAGAAACAAAGUAUUUCUUGUGA